AUGGAUAUGUCUUGUCAGAAAAAGUUUAAAAAGGCCAAAAUCAAAGCAGCCAUUAAGGUCCAGGCCUGGUGGCGUGGCACGCUGGUGCGCAGGACCCUGCUACACGCAGCCCUCAGAGCCUGGAUCAUUCAAUGCUGGUGGCGGUUGACACUCGGGAGGAAUCUGGAGAAGAAGCGGAGGAAAGCGCUGAUUGACUACUCGAACAGAGAAAGAGCUGUGGUCAAGCUCCAGUCCCUGAUUCGGAUGUGGCGCAUCCACUGGCGGUACUGCCAGGUCCUCAAUGCCAUCUGCAUCAUCCAGGGCCACUGGAAAUACCACAACUGCCAGUCUUGCUCCCUCCUGCGGGGUCACUGUGUGAUCACUACCACUCACCUACAGUUCCAUAUUGAGAUCAUUGACCACUGA